AUGGAUUAAUAAAACAAUUGUGAUGAAGUACAAUAAAAGGAAAAGCUAUUAAAAGCAGAAAUACUUGAUAAAGGAUAUGAUAGUGAAGCAUUUAUUAGUUACAUGGAAUAAUAGAAAGAGAACGGUGGAUAAGACAUCGACAUGUGGACAUAUCAAGAAUUAUCUUUAGCAAUUGCUUAAUUUUAAUAGAUAAAUUAACCAUAAUAAGAUUAAUAGAUGCAAAAUGUAGGUUUUGGUAAAUCAUCGGAUGUUGAUGAGAAAAACUUGUAAAAUGUAGAAUAAAAUGAAUAAAAUUUAAAUUCAACAUCCUAGAGCUUAAUGAAAGAGCAAUCAUAAUCUUAGCUUUAGAAUGAACUGAUCAAAGAGAUUAGCGAUGUCAAAUCAAACUUUUCUAAAAUCCAUUUAUGCAAAACUCAAGACAAAAAAGAUCUAUUUUUAUAAAGUGGAAUAAAUGUCUAAAUAACCAAAUAUUAAAGAAUUCCUGGAGGUAUUUUCACAUCUUCAUAUUAUUCUUAUACUGUAUAAACAGAUCCAAUAGGUUGGAUUGUAUAGCGAAGAUAUAGUGAUUUCUUAUGGUUAAGGGAAUUAUUUUGCAAAAUUUAUCCUGGCAUUAAUAUUCCUCCUCUACCAAAAAAGACCGUUCUGAAGAACGAGAAAGAAUUAUAUCUUCAAAAGCGUAUGAAAUUUUUAGAAAAAUUCCUAAAAUCAAUAUUUAAUUGUGAAUUACUAAGGCAUGAUAAAUGGUUUUAUGCUUUUCUAUCAUCCAAAGAAGAAAAAGAUUUGAAGUAAAUUUAAAAAUUGAGUACUUAAGUUCAAAAAGUAACUAAACUAGAAUAGAUUAUUUCUAUUGAUGGUAAAAUUUAAUUAGAAAUAAAUGACAACUUAAAUACUUACAAUUUAGAAGCAACUUAAUUGGUUAAUUCUGUUGAUAUCUGUUAUAAAAAAUUAAGAAAGGACUCUAAGCAAUUAUUGCUUGAUUUUGAUUAACUAUCAAAUACUAUUUUUAAUAUGGGAUCAACCUGCGCAGAACUCUAUCAAUUAUCAAAUAAAUUUAAUUAAUCCAUUUCUUAAGGUAAGAUAUCAUAAUUAGAUAUAUUGUAUAUAUCAAUGAACAACAUGCUUGUUUAGUGGGGAAAUAAUUUAACAUCUCAAAUCUAGAUUGUUUAGGAGGAAUUGUGUCACUUUUUUAAAUUCCAUCAUCAUUCAGUUUUGGUAUUAAAAGAAUUUAUGAAAUAGAAAGAACAUGCUUAAUAGGAGUAUGAAAAAUUCAAGUCUCGAUUAGAAUAUAAAAAGAAUAAACUAUUUACAUCUUAGGAUUAUAGCAGAUGGGAAAUUUCAGCUGUUGAACUUAAAGCCUUUUAAGAUAGCAACUUGACUUAGAAUAAAGAAUUUAGUUUUUAAAUUAUGUUACCAUAAGAGACCAUAAUUUAAGAAGAUUUAAAAAAUAUUUUUGCUUACUUUAAUAAUUAAUCAUAUUUGGAGGUAACAAAGUUAUUUGAGAAUACAGUAUCAGAAUUCUCACAGCAUUUUACAAAAUUUUGUAGUCUUCAAAAAGAAUAAAUAGCUGAACAAAAACUCAUAUGGGAUCAAAGUAUUGUAAACUUGACUAAUUUACAACAUCCAAAAUAACUAAUUAAAAAAAGUACUUGA